AAGCUUAACUAUUCAAUUGUGUUUGAUUUGAAAGUAGUAGAAAAAACUACAACUUCAAUUGAAUUUUUAUUUUACAGACAAAACUCUCAAUUUGAAGACGAAUACCAACACGAGGCCGACAUCAUUGCUACUUGCCCUGAGCCUUUAGGGGAGGAAACUUUGGGUAACCCCAAUACAGAGAACUGCCAACAAAAUGAACAAUCAGAAACGACAGAAAAUAUCUCCGAAUAUCUCCAAGCAGUUGAUCUGACAACAAAAACGUGCAAACUUUGUGAACAAUCUUUCACCACCAAAACUGAUCUAAAAAACCACAUGUCCUCGUCCCAUAACCUUAAACAGCCUAAGUUCCGAAGAAAAAAGUCUGAGAUAGACGCACUAUUUUCUUGCCCGAAGUGCCAGAAGCGUUUCACUAGAAAAUUCGAUAUGCACAAACACAUCCAAAACAAACACCCCGACAAAGUAGAUAACAUAACCCCAUCUGUCAAAUCUAAAAACGUUGAAAUUCUGAAAAAGUGCAAAGCAGACACUCACUACACCUGCGACAUCUGCAACAGCAAUUUCGUAAAGAGCAGUAGUCUCUUGCGACACAGAAACACCCACCUCAACGAGAAGCCUUACUGCUGCCACAUUUGCGGCGCCAAGUUCCAGACAUCGGAGCACUUGACCAGACACAUUGAGCAACUCCACUACGACAGGAAAAAGUUCCACUGCGUCUACUGCGACCAGUGGUUUAAGAGUAAGCCAACCAGAGACGAACACCUAAACAUUCAUACUCAGGCUAGGCCGUUCAUGUGCGACAUUUGCGGCAGGGCUUUCAAACAGAAAGCGUCCCUGUAUGUUCACAAGAAGUUCCACGGGGACGUGUUCCCUUUCGAGUGCAGAGUUUGUGACAAAAAGUUUAGAAGGAACGGCGACCUGAAGGUGCACCAGUGGAUACACAGUGGAGAGCGACCUUAUAGCUGCGAUAUCUGCAAGAAGUCGUUCAGGUUGGGGCAGGAUCUGAAAAGACAUUACAGAACGCACGGUACAUAUACCUGCGGCGAUUGUAAUUUGAGUUUCGACCAGAUGAAGUCGUUCAAGGCGCACAAAAAGUUACACAACAAUAAAACUUGAAUGGAAACUUAAUAAACAUAAACAGUUCUGAU